CUGGUAGCGAUGGAUCGACGAAGUUUUGGGCGGUCCUCCAGUGUGUCCACAGAUGAACAAUAUGGGCGUGAGACACUAAAGUACCUAUUCUCUUGAAUGAUCAUAAGGUUCGGUACUUGUCAAGGCCGUUUUCUGUUGAUGGUUAUGGGUUACCAUGGUCCGCUUCAUAGCAGAACGAGAUAAAUUAAUACAAGUAGAAUUACCAUUACAUGCUGUGACAACGGUGAUUCAAGUUGGCAGCUCGUGCUCAUGGUUUCUGGAAGUGCCCCGAUCACAAUCACUUCCUUAAAGCCUGCGCGUUCAUCAACUUCUGUGCUCUUCGUAGCCUUGCAGCUGUAUCGUCUACUCUCAGCUUUAGUCUGCCUUUUCCUCUGGCGCUAUCGCUCAGUUCACCCAUCGAAGAUCCUGACGCCUCGUCAUCCGCCUCAUCUUGGCGGUACACUAAAUAAAUCCGGAUCAGUGACUGCUUCUCAAAGGCGAUUUGAAGUUGGUUCGCAAAUUGUUGCAAAAUGGUCAGAGAGAGAUAAACCCCAGUGGCUUCUGACAAACAAAAUGUGGCCCAAAGACAUGCAGAACAGGUAUGUGAGAAAGAACGGUCCUCUAGGCAGGAUCUGCUUACUCUGUGUCCCACCAUCCUCGGCCACCCUAAGCGGCCUGAACGACUCCCGAGACCCAGCAGCACUGUCGGUCAGGGAGUCCGAGACGGCACCUUUGGCGGCCGAGCGCCGGAUAAAGAACCGUCGGAACACGGAAUUGCUCUUCUUCUGCUGUUGCUGCUGCUGCUGCCGCCCCCCUGCCCCAGAUGCGGAUGACGCGCCGGACCCCCCGCGGCUGCGGCUCUGCUCCAGCGUCUCUCCCGGCCGGCUGCACCUCGAGCACGCCGCCGCCGCCGACCUGCUGGUCCGGUGCAGCUCCAGGCGCUCCGAGCAAGCGCAGACCACGUCCGCGGGGUCGACCUCCGAGCGCCAGCGGCUGACGCGCGCGUGCUUGGCGUCCGGCAGCAGGGCCUGGAGAAGUGGGUCCCGGGGUCGCGGCUGAGGUGAAUGGUUGUCGUCGUGGUGGUUGUUGUUGUUGAUCGACGUGGCUGGUGUUUGUUCUUCUGCUUGUUGUUGUUCCGACAUGGCGUUUGGCUGAAAAGAGUUUAUUUAUUUUUAUUUUUAAUCUACAUCUUACUUCUCUAUAGACGACACAAAUCGCUGAGAACGAAAAAUG